AUCGCGCAUCUCGAGAAAUGUCAAUUGUAUGACUGUAUUCUCCCUCCUCCUCUUUCGCCGCGCGGUUCGUUCGGCCGCCCCCUCCCUCUCGUUCGCCAUCAGUUUGUUGAUUCGGCGAUAACAGCUGAUCGCGGAGCGCAGGAAGUCGAAAUAUAAACUUGAACAAACUCCCACGCACACGUCGCAAUAAUAUACAUUUGCGCGUGCAUAUGUGUGUAUAAUAAUUAAGUGGAAUCCGUUAAAAGAGGGAAAUUAUGCUGAAGCCGAAGGCGCUCACGCAGGUUCUCAGUCAGGCGAACACCGGGGGCGUGGAGAAUACCCUAUUGCUCAACAGAGACGGUGGAUUGUUAGCGUACAGUGGUUACGGGGAUAAGGACGCCAGGGUGACGGCCGCAAUCACGAGCAACAUUUGGACAGCUUACGAGAAGAAUGGACGAAACGCCUUUAAGGAAGACGAGCUGCAGUUCGUUCUCAUGGAUUGCAUGGAAGGAAAGGUCGUUAUCACAGAGGUAGCCAAUUUGCUCUUGUGUCUGUACGCGAAGGAGAGCGUGGGAUUCGGAUUGCUGCGCGAGAAGGCGCAGGCAUUGGCCCAGUAUCUCGAUCAACCCUUAAAAACGAUAGCGAACAUGCCUUGAACGGUCAGGAAUCACGAUCAUCGAUCUGUUCUCAAGAAGUCUGUCGUACUCGAGAAAGAUUACGAAUUUACCUUAUGAUACUUAUUUAUUGUUUGUAAGAAUUUGUAAGCUGCCCCGUAUAUGUAUAAAUAUAUUUUUUAUUAAUUCUAGA